AUGCAACCGUAUCAUUCGUAUUCGAACAGCAACCGCAUCAUUCGUAUUCGCAUAGAAACCGCAUCAUUUGUACUCGAACAAACCGCAUCGUACGACAGAUGCGAGUAACGAACAGAUGCGAGUAACGAAAUGAAUUUGUGAGUACCGAAUCGGUACUUCGAGUCAACCGAUGUACCCGUUACUCAGUAACGAAUACAUGCGGUUUGCUCCAGCUCUAGUGUCUACUUUGUCAACGCUUUUAAUUUGAGCAGUUUGUAUGUCUAUAUCUGGAAUUGUCUAUAUCUGGUCUAAAUCAAUUCUGGAACCCAUAACUUCCAGGGGUAAUUCUACGGUGGAAGCAGUAUUACUAGGCACUCCAUUGCAAUCGUUAUCCGUAGGGUUAGCAUCCGCAUGAUUGUUUUUGUCCAUGAGGUUAUCAGAAUCGCCGUUAGGCAAAGGAACUUCGGCUGUCUGGCUCAUAGCGAGCACCUUCAUCCACAAAGGAUCAGGACCGAAUGACCCGUACAAAUUUCGCAUUUCCUGUACAUAAUUGUGAAGACUCCGAAAAUGGCAGACAAUCCUUAGGUGUAAAGCUAAACACGACAAUUUUGACGUCGCACAUGAUGUAUAUUUUUGAAGAAUAAAAUUUCCCUGCCGAGUUGAAAUUUAGUCGCUUCCCUGUCUGUCCAUGAAAUAUGACGUCACUCUCGAAUGAGAACAGUCAAACAGGAGAGAAACCUCCUAUAUAUGAAGCAUGCAAGAAGUCAUAGAAAGUCAUUUAAAGAGGAAUAUGAUUAUUCAGACAGGAGAGAAACACCAUAUGUGUGAAGUAAGCAAGAAAUUAUUUACUCAAAAAAGUGCUUUAAACAUGUAUAUGUUUGUUCACACAGGAGAGAAAACUCAUAUGUGUGAUGUAUGUAAGAAAUCAUUUAAUCAAAAAAGUUCUUUAAACGUGCAUAUGCGCGUUCACACAGGAGAGAAACCUCAUGUGUGUGAAGUAUGUAAGAAAUCGUUUAAUCACAAAAGUGCUUUAAAUGUGCAUAUGCGCAUUCACACGGGAGAGAAACCACAUAUGUGUGAAGUUUGUAAGAAGACGUUUAGUAAAAAGUGUAGUUUAAACAACCAUAUGCUUAUUCAGACAGGAGAGAAAUUUUAUAUGUGUGAAAUAUGUAAGAAAUCAUUUAGUGAAAAAAGUCAUUUAAAUGCACAUUUUCUUAUUCAUACAGGAGAGAAGUUUUAUAUGUGCGAAAUAUGUAAGAAAUCAUUUAAUGUAAAAAGUAAUUUAAAUGCUCAUUUGCUUAUUCACACAGGAGACAAACCACAUAUGUGUGAAGUUUGUAAGAAGACAUUUAGUAAAAAGGGUAGUUUAAACAACCAUAUGCUUAUUCACACAGGAGAGAAGCCUCAUAUGUGUGAAGUAUGUAAGAAAUCAUUUAAUAUAAAAAGUAAUUUAAAUGCACAUAUGGCUAUUCACACAGGAGAGAAACCACAUCUCUGUGACGUAUGUAAGAAAUCAUUUAAUCGCAAAAGUACUUUAAGUGUGCAUAUGCGCGUUCACACAGGAAAGGAACCACAUCUCUGUGAAGUAUGUAAGAAAGCAUUUAAUCACAAAAGUGCUUUAAAUAAUCAUAUGUGCAUUCACACAGGAGAGAAACCUCAUAUGUGUGAAUUAUGUAAGAAAUCUUUUAAUCUAAAAAGUGAUUUAAAUGCGCAUAUGCUGUUUCACACAGGAGAGAAACCUCAUAUGUGUGAAUUAUGUAAGAAAUCUUUUAAUCAAAAAAGUCAUUUAAAUGCGCAUUUGCUUAUUCACACAGGAGAGAAACCUCAUAUGUGUGAAGUAUGUAAGAAAUCAUUUAAUAUAAAAAGUAAUCUAAAUGCGCAUAUGCUUAUUCAUACAGGAGAGAAACCUCAUGUGUGUGAAGUAUGUAAGAAAUCAUUUAAUAUAAAAAGUGAUUUAAAUGCGCAUAUGCUUAUUCAUACAGGAGAGAAACCACAUCUCUGUGAAGUAUGUAAGGAAUCAUUUAAUAAGAAAAGGGCUUUAAAUGUGCAUAUGCACCUUCACACAGGAGAGAAACCUCAUAUGUGUGAAGUAUGUAAGAAAUCAUUUAAUAUAAAAAGUAAUUUAAAUGCGCAUAUGCUUAUUCAUACAGGAGAGAAACCUCAUAUGUGUGAAGUAUGUAAGAAA